GCUCGCUCCCCGAUGUCAAUUCGUAUCGAAACUUGAAAGAAAGCAGACGUGUGCACGGGUACUAUGCGAAUUGCAGAUUACAAAUUAAUUUGAGCUAAAUACAAAAUAAAAACGCGUGCUAAGACAAACUUUGCAAGACAAUUAACCAACAAGCCCAACUGAGAGAGUCCGGAAAAGCACGAAAAUGCCGAGCCCAACAAAAGCAGCGGAGGCAGCAACAAAGGCAACAGCAACAAGUGACUGCAGCUGCAGCGCUGCCAGUGUUGAGCAGCGUGCCCCCCCAAACACAGCUAACCCCUCAUCCUCACAACCCACUAGCGGUAAAUUUGGCGGUAAAACACAAGAUCAAACGGCCGCCAUUAACAAGCAAAAGGAAUUUGCUGUGCCAAACGAGACGAGCGAUUCGGGCUUCAUUUCCGGGCCGCAAUCCUCGCAGAUCUUCAGCGAGGAGAUAACCUCCGAAUCCGAGGAACAGCAGGAUAAGGAUCAAAAACAAAACCGGGAGGACACAAAAAAAAUACAACCCGUUGUUCUCGAUUCCGGCAUUAUAGACGAAGAGGAGGACCAAGAUCAGGAACAGGACAAGGAGGAGGAACACCACCAGGACACCACCGCCGAUUCAAUGCGACUCAAACACAGCACGGACACAGGCAUCCCACAAUGGACCGUCGAAAGUCACUUGGUCAGUCGCGGCGAGCAGCUCAACAAUCUCGGCCAAAGCAGCAGCCAAAUCUCGGGCAGCAAGGUCCAAUCCUCCACAGCAAGCACCACAAAUCCGAAUCCCUCAGGAACUGGAGCAACCUCAUCUGCUCCUCCUAGCAGCAUCAACAUCAUGAAUGCCUGGGAGCAGUUCUAUCAGCAAAAUGACGACGGUGACACACCUCUGCACCUGGCCUGUAUUUCGGGAUCCGUGGACGUUGUAGCCGCGUUAAUUCGCAUGGCACCGCAUCCGUGCCUGCUCAACAUCCAGAACGAUGUGGCCCAAACUCCCCUUCAUCUGGCCGCUCUGACAGCCCAGCCGAAUAUCAUGAGGAUACUGCUGCUGGCUGGUGCUGAGCCCACGGUACGCGAUCGUCAUGGAAAUACAGCCCUGCAUCUUUCCUGUAUCGCCGGGGAAAAGCAGUGCGUCCGUGCCUUGACAGAAAAGUUCGGAGCCACGGAAAUCCACGAGGCCCACCGACAAUACGGACAUCGUUCCAACGACAAGGCGGUCAGCUCCCUGAGCUACGCUCGUCUACCCGCCGAUCUGGAGAUUCGCAACUAUGAUGGAGAGCGCUGUGUACAUUUAGCUGCCGAGGCGGGACAUAUCGACAUCCUCCGCAUUUUGGUAUCCCAUGGAGCCGAUAUUAACGCUAGGGAGGGCAAAUCGGGCCGAACACCGCUGCACAUUGCCAUCGAGGGUUGCAAUGAAGAUCUGGCGAAUUUCCUACUUGAUGAGUGCGAGAAGCUGAACCUGGAGACCGCCACCUUCGCCGGUUUGACGGCGUACCAGUUUGCGUGCAUCAUGAACAAAUCGCGUAUGCAAAACAUUCUGGAAAAACGCGGAGCGGAAACCGUAACGCCACCAGACAGUGAUUACGACAGUAGCGAUAUCGAAGAUCUAGACGAUACUAAGAUGUACGAUCGCUUUGGUGAUCCGCGCUAUUUUGUCAGCUACAACGGUAUCAAUCCCAUGACAGUUGCCUGAAUGCCCCAUCCAAUCUGUACAUACGAUUUAGACUAAUCAUACACAUACCUACAAUUAACACCACCCGAAUUUCCAACAUGGUUUUAUUGCUGUUCCCAAAGGCACACUUUUCCUGCCCCGAAAUGUAUGCAAUAUUCCUCGAUACGUUCACAAACAAAUCCAAGAAGUGGAAACUAAUGUACUUACUAUCCCAGCAAGUGGACACCCAAAACGAAUUAAAUUCCUUGUGUUAACGAUAGUAUUUAGAACAAAAUAAAGCAUACAAGAAUGCAGAA